AUGGACAGUCCUGCUUCGAGGACUCCGGUUACCAGGAGUCUGUUAAGUCAGUUGAUGGAUUCUCUGCUGGGCAUCAGAUGCAGAGCAUCUGUCUUCUCCAUCCUAGGUGGGAUCAGAAGGCGAUUUGCUGACGUUUGUGAGAAAAACUCUGGACUGAGUGUACAGUGUUUGUCUGCUUGCUUUUCCAGUGGUUUUAGAUCACGAAACGCCAUGAGCACAAGGCAGCCGAAGCGCUGUGGGGAACCAGUUGAUUCCAGACAAGCUCGGAAACGAAGAAGGCUGGUGGCUUCUAACACAGGUGGAGCCUCAGAAACAGAGCCAAUAGACCCCAGAGAAAGUGCUGUUGAAGAAGUCAUAGAUCUCACAGAUAGAUCUUCUGAGCCUGAAGUCAGUGACCUAACUAAUGAUAAUUCAGUUGUGCAGUGGCAGCAGAGCCAGCAAUACCCACGUUUUUUCAGAGCAGCAGAUAAUUCAGCAGUGCUACUGAUGAGUGACAAUGAAGAGGAACAAGGAGAUUACGAUGACAUAUGGCCAGCAGGCCCUGCAAGUUCUCUGUUUUGGGUGGAUGAGGACUCAGAGUAUCAGAGCCAGCAAUACCCACGUUUUCUCAGAGCAGCAGAUAAUUCAGCAGUGCUACUGAUGAGUGAUGACGAAGAGGAACUAAGAGACAAUAAUGGCACAUGGCCAGCAAGUCUAUUUAGUUCUCUGGUUUGGGUAGAUGAGGACUCAGAGCAGUGGCAGCAGAGCCAGCAAUACCCACGUUUUUUCAGAGCAGCAGAUAAUUCAGCAGUGCUACUGAUGAGUGACAAUGAAGAGGAACAAGGAAAUUAUGAUGACAUAUGGCCAGCAGGCCCUGCAAGUUCUCUGUUUUGGGUGGAUGAGGACUCAGAGCUUCUUGAAGAAUAUGAACAACAAAGGAGAAACGUUACACUAAGAAGCCAGCGACAGUCAGACAGCUCUGUACUGGGUAGUAAUGAUGAAGAUGAAGCGAUAGAUAAUGAUGUGGCAUGGCCAGAGGGUACCAUUAGGUGUCCGAUUUGCAUGGAUUUUUACUCAGAGAUUCUGCAAAGUGAACGACUGUUUUUGUCAACCCAGUGUGGCCAUGUCUUCUGCAGUCAGUGCCUCCCUGUUGCCCUUGAGACUGCCAACACGUGUCCAAUCUGCAGGACAGAACUCACUCAUGAACAGUAUCAUUCCAUUUAUAUAUGAGCACUUCAGGACAGACUCAGAUGGAUCUUGGGGGAUAGGCCAUGUAAAGACCUUUUCCUUCAUGUAUAUAGUUAUUCUUGUAUAUAGUUCCAUUUUUCCUGAAUUUAAUUAUAAAUAAAGUAUUGA